AUGGCGAACAAGCGACGACACAAUCCCGACCAAGACGCCGACGACUCUUCUCCGCCCUCCUCACCUAAGCGCGCUCGAGUCAACGGUCAACGUGCGACUGAGACUCCUUUCGAGACCGACGAAGUCGACGGAGGCUACACCUACCAAUACCACAGCCAUGUCAACGACGACCACAAUCUCCAUCUCGAUGUCUCGUCUGACGAGGGCGACGACCCCGAAGGCGAGAUCCGCGCUACUCAACUUGUCCAACGCCACUACUCGCGGAACAAAGAGAACAGAGCCGCCGAGCAGGGCAUCAUCGAAGAGGUCUACAUGGAAAACUUCAUGUGUCACAGCAAGCUCCGUAUCCAACUUGGCCCUUUAAUCAACUUUAUCAUCGGUCACAAUGGCAGUGGAAAGAGUGCCAUCCUCACAGCCCUCACCAUCUGCUUGGGUGUCAAAGCUGCACAAACAAAUCGAGCCGGCAGUCUCAAGAACUUCAUCAAGUCUGGCGAGGAGCAGGCCUACGUCGCCGUCAAGAUCAAGAACGAUGGUGACAUGGCCUACCACCCCAACGAUUAUGGCAAGUCCAUUAUAGUCGAGAGACACUUCUCACAAGGCGGAAGUGGUUUCAAGAUCAAGAACGCUCAAGGCAAGACCAUGUCCACCAAGAGAGCCGAGCUCGAGAACAUCGUCGACUUCUUCGCUCUACAGCUGGACAACCCCAUGAACGUUUUGUCUCAAGACAAGGCUCGAGAAUUUCUCAGUGGCUCUUCUCCUCACGACAAGUAUAAAUUCUUCAUCAAAGGCACUCAACUUGAGCAACUCGAUGGCGACUAUCGCAUUCUCGAAGAUCAAUUGGACACUAUCGAGCACAGGUGUGAGCUUGGAGAAACCGAUCUCGAGAUCCUGGGCAGAGAUGCAAGAGCGGCCGAGCAGAAAAAGAAGAUGAUCGACCGGAGCCAGACCACCAUGGAGAGGAUUAACCAGCUGCGCUGGCAGCAUGCUUGGGCUCAAGUCGAAGAGCAAGAACGCGAGCUGCAGAGAAUUCAAAAUGAAAUUCAUCAGGCCGAGAACAAAAUCGCCAUGCAGCAAGCACAAGCCGAUCAAGCCAGCAAGCUUUAUGACGAAUCACACUCUACACGUGAAGCAAACGCAAGUGUCAUCAUCGAUCUGCAAGAACAACUGGGUCCUCUACAGGAUAAUCACGCCGAAGCCAAGAGCAUCUUCGAUUCGAACCUGGCUGAAAUGCGCGACAAGAAGUCCGAGCAAAGGAGCAUUAAACAAGACAUCACACAAUCGAAAGCAACAAUGACCAAUCUGGAGGACAAGAUCAAUGCUGAAAGGAUCAGAAUCGAGAACGCCAGCGGUCCCGCCCACGCUCAAAAGGUAUCCGAACUCGAGGAUGCUCGAUCACAACUGCAAGACAUCAAGCAACAAGAAGAUCAGCAUGGAGCACAGAAGAUGCAAAUUGAUAAUAGCGUCACCGAAGCUCAAAACGACGUGAGAAAUGCUCGAGGACCAGGCCUAGAAGCAAAGAGGAGAGCUGUUCACGAGGCAGAAAGCAUGCUGAAACGGUUGCGAGAGGAUCAAGGCCAACAAGCCAAGGCCUACCCACCUCAGAUCCACAACGUUCUUCGUCAAAUCAAAAACGAGCGCGGUUUCACGCAACAGCCAGUAGGGCCAUUCGGCAUGCACGUCAGACUGCUCAAGCCAGAGUGGGGAUCAAUCAUUGAGACAACCUUUGGUGGACAACUAAAUUCCUUUGUGGUCAGAAAUGUUCAAGACAGCAGAUUGCUGUCAAGAAUAUUAAACCAACAUAACCUUCACGCUGGCAUACUGAUCAACAACGGAAAUCACAUCGAUACUUCACAGCACGAGCCUGAACAGCAUCUCGAUACAAUCCUACGGGUACUGGAAAUCGACAAUGAUGCAGUGCGCAACUGUCUCAUCAUCAACCAGUCCAUUGACCAGACCGUGCUGAUACCUCAGAGAGAGGCUGCCAAUCGAUUUGCUCAGUCGCACCCACGAAACGUCAAAGCGACCAUGUGUCAUCAUGAACAUUUGCGCGGACAUGGUUGGCGUUACGCGCCUACUAGAAGUGGUGGUAUCUCAAUGGGUCCCGUCAAACCCUGGACAAUACAGAUGCGAAUGAAGACCAGUCUAGAGGCACAAUUGAACAUCGCACAAGAGAGGUUGAACGACACCAAACGGGACCUCCAGGAAGCCGAAAACCAAUUGCGAACCCUAGAGACUGCUCUCACCCGCGCCAAACAGGCCAAGGUUCGCUAUGAUAGAGAAACGGCAAAUCUUCGUCAGCAGAGGCAACGAUGUGAAGAUCGGAUCGAACAGCUGCAGGGCGAGCUCGAUGCGGAUGCUGUCAAUGAUACAGGUGCGCUAGAUGAGCUACAUGCGCAGUACAAAGAGGCCGAGCAGAAUCUUCAAGCUGCCAAUGAUACCAUGAUGGAUUCCGUCAAUGCCUUGGACAAGUUAGGCCAAGACAACAGGCUGAUCAAGCAGCAGCUUGAUGCCGCUACCAAGGAGGUCGAGGAAGCCCAGGCACGACUCGCCAAAGCACAAAAGAGGCUGGAAGACAAGACCACGCAACGGGAGUUUGCGCUUCGCAAGAAGAACGAGGCUCUUGAGAUGGUUGAUCUUGCUCGACGAGACAAGGAAGCACUUGAAGAGCAGCGUGUCGAACAAGAGAGAAUCCUCAACGAAGAUUACAUUCAUGGAGCAGAGCAAGUCAGUCGCAGGGUGGUCGUCGAACCUGGCAAUACAGUCGAAGUUCUGGACAGAAAACUCGAGAAGCUCGAGGAAGAACACAGGCGAUACCAAGAUAGCAUCGGUGGCAGUCGCGAAGAAAUCUAUGCGGCGUGGCGUACUGCACACAAGAAGUUCGCCAGUGCUCAGCGAGAAUUGAAUACGCAGAAGGAUAUGGCGAAGAAACUCAAAUCAUCGCUGAUUUAUCGCAAGAAUCGCUGGAAGCUUUUUCGCAGGCACAUCACAACCAGAGCAAAGAUUACCUUCAGCUAUCUUUUGUCUGAACGCAACUUCCGUGGUCGCAUUCUGGUCCAUCAUAUCGACAAGACGCUGGACAUCAGCGUUGAACCUGAUAUCUCGAAGAACAGCGACAAGGGCCGUCAGACCAAGACUCUCUCUGGUGGAGAAAAGUCUUUCUCGACCAUCUGCCUAUUGCUCUCCAUCUGGGAGGCCAUGGGCUCCCCUAUCCGCUGUCUUGACGAGUUCGAUGUCUUUAUGGACAGUGCGAACAGAGAAAUCAGUAUGAAGAUGAUGAUUCAGGCUGCUCGUAGGUCUGUUGGCAGACAGUUUGUGCUCAUUACGCCUCAAGCUAUGGGCAAGUAUACCGAAGGUGUGCAGGAUGUGAGUGUUCACAAAAUGGCCGAUCCAGAGCGUGGACAGACGACGUUGAACUUUGCUGCUGCUUGA